AUGAAGCUUGUCAGGUUUCUUAUGAAAUGCCAGAACGAGACGGUCACUAUUGAGCUCAAGAAUGGUACGGAGCCAUGUUUUCAUGCGACAAGAGGGGUUGCCUUCUCGCGCAUCGUGCACGCGAACCUCGAACCGGCACUUUGCGCGCGUUGACCGCCUCUCAAGCCGCGACCACCUAAACCACCCAUGUCGAAUCUCAAGCUGACUCUCACUAGGCACGGUCGU